AGUACACCUAAAUAACUUGGUAGUUGGUACACGGCCAAUGCAGUUAUGCAGUAAUGCAGGUGUACUGUGUACGACUAAAUUACAGCCCCUCCCCUUCUCGCUCUUCACCCUGUUCUUUCGCGGCCUCUGCUGAUUUCAAACAAUUACAACGUUUUUACAAGUUCGCUGUGGGGAGCCCUGCUAUGGAUGGCUGUGUGGUUGGCCCGGACUACAAUGGAUCCCGAACUGGUUCAUGUUCUUCUGGUUUGGAAAAGGAGCUCGAUGAUUUAGGAAUUAUGUCUGACGAAGAUGAAUUGUUUGGUUUUAUAGAUGAUUAUAGAAUGCUUCUUUAUAGGUUUGGUUGGAGAUGUAAUUCUAAUGAUGCAAGUCAACCACAGAUGCAUCGAAUAUGGGUGGCCAAAUCAGAUUGUAAAAAGUCAGACUUUGUUCAGUUGCUGAAGAAGAUUGGCUGUGAAAAACGUUUUGUGGCCCCCUCUGUCGAGUCAAGUGAUGCCUUUUUUGCUAAGCUAACUGAGGAUGAGGCUGCGAAGCUUCAAGGUGUCGAGGGAAUACUCGAGGUGUCAUCAUGUUCAUGGAUUAUAGUAUUUCAUUAGAAGAGUUCCCUUGAGCUGGCUUGGAGUGGGGAAUCUUUGCAGCAGGUUUCCGUUCAUGGACAAAUUAUGGCUGCAUAACGAUUCAACUGAUCACAGCUCUCAACAUGGAGAAUCAAGCAGAUGUAGCCGCUCGCAACAUUAUAAGCAAAAUCAAGGACAUAUCUUCACUUUUUGAUUUUAUUUGCUGUACGAAUGUUAAAAGAAUAGAAGUUUCUAAAGCCCACCUUUUGGCCACAAAGGCCAGAAAGGAAGCGUAGAUACUUGUUACUAGUUGUCAAAAAAAAAAAAAACUAUUCUGCCCAGUUGGAGAAUAUGAUUCGGAAAGCGGUAUGCCAACACUUUCUGGAUCUUUUUGUUGUUAAGAUGACAUUUUUUUUUCUCUUUUUAAAUAGGUUUGCUAUAAUUUCUAAUUCUGAAGUCAAGUAUGUUUUUUUUUA